UGUGUGUGUGUGUGUGUGUGUGUGUGUGUGUGGUGUAUAUAUAUGUAUAUAUGAAUUAUAAAUUAUUUCUUUUUAUGCAUUACAGCACGAGGAGGAACACACAGUAGAUAUACACGCCCUGUUAAGACACUCAUGGGAGGAUCUUCGACUGGUCUGGAGCCUCGAGGACAACAUGGAGGUUGGCAUAAUGGGAAUGGACCCCGAGGACAUCUGGACCCCUGAUCUUACCAUCUUUAACGCAGCAGAAAGCAGCAAGCAUACGACCCACUCUCACAUGCCAACGAUAGUUUACCCAGAUGGUUCUGUGUUGAACGUACCAUCUGUGAAUCUUCGCUUUACAUGUGUUAUGGACCUGACAUACUGGCCCCACGAUACUCAUAACUGUUCGUUGGAGAUCGGGUCCUGGGUACACAAUGGACACCAGCUGGACAUGCAGUUGGAGGCCUCUGGAUUGGAGGUAAACAUCAACUCAGGUGUGGGUGAAGGAGGGAAGAACCUCAGCUUGACGGAAUGGAAACUCGAAGCCGCCAAGCUGUCUAGAACCGUCAAAACGCUCCGUUGUUGUGACGAGCCGUACGUCGCCAUCAACGUGAAUAUUAGAGUGACGAGAGAGGCUCCUGUGUUCGCUUGGACUGUGAAGAUGCCUGCUGCCUGUCUUACCCUCCUGACGGUCGUCGUGUUUCUGCUCCCUCCUGCGGCGGGAGAAAAAAUCGUCUUUGGAGGCCUAUGUCUUCUUCUGGACACCGUCUUCAUAGGCUACUGCACCUUCGUCGUCGGACAUGCGCCUACUCACACGCCCCUUAUAGUGCUGAUGGUGUGCCAGCAGUUCCUGAUCUUGGUUAUCGGGGUUAUGGUGGCCUCAGUCGUGCUGCGGAUGUCGAGGGACCCGCACGGGUGUCAUCUUCCCUCCGUAAUGAAAGGACCCCUCCUGGCUGUUUCCUACUUCCUGUGCCUGGGGUCCUAUAGGAGCUUGGUUUCCAAGUCGUACCAGAGCUUCACCUUCUUCGCCAAACAAGACGAGCUGGAAAUCGGCGAGGGAGGCGCCCAGGACCGCAGACGGGAGAGUAGCGACGCCCACGAGUGGUUCCUCCUGGGCGCUGUGGUCGACCGUCUGGCUCUGUUGCUCAGCGUUGCAGUCUGUGUCGUCAGCCUGAUUCGGUUCAGCUGUGUGUUGUAAAGGGGUUUUGGAUGCCCUUUAUGUGUGUGUGUAUGGGGGGGGGUCUGUGUUUGUGAGUGAAAGAGAGAGAGAAAGAGAAGAGAGAGAGAGAGAGAGAGAGAUGAUGAUGAUGAAGAAGAAGAAGAAGAAGAAGA